GGCGGCGGCAGCGGGGCGGGCGGGCGGAAGGCGGAAGUGGCGCCCCCGGGGGGGGCGGCGGGAGGCGGAGACCCCCCCCCCCCGCACCGGCACGGGAGAAGAGGCAGAAAUGACGGCGGUCACGUAGGGCCCGCGGGGCCGGCGUGGUCGUGGCCGCAGGGAUGGAGCCGCGGGAGCGCGAAGCGGAGGAGGAGCGGGGCGGCUCUCCCUGCCGCUGUCGGGAGCCGCCGGGUGCCCCGCGGUGCCCCGGCCCGUGCCUCGGCGCUGGGCGCCCCUGGGCUCCCGGCAGCCCGGCGCCGAACAGCCGCCGGUUCGUCCCGGAGAGCUUCGCUUCUGGGAGCCGCGAACGCCCCUGCCCAAACGAGCACGGCCCGGGGCGGCUCCCCGGGGCUGUGAGCGGCCGGGAGCCGGCGGGGCCCAGCGCGGCGGCCGAGCUCGAGCCCCCUGCGGAUGGGCCGCCGGGCGAGGAGCCAGGGAAGGGCCGAGAGAGGGACCGCGCCGCUCCGUGGGGCUCCGGCGGCGGGUGGGCAGCCUGCGCCGCGGAGGACAGCGCUGCCUGGAACGGGAGCUGCGACCGGGAGCGGGCGUUAACGCUCGAGGACGACGACUUGCCCUUCGUGGGCUCCGACGUAGCCGGCUCCGGCCCCGAGCGCUCCUGCCGCUGCCAAGGAGAGCGGUCGGUGCCGCCGAGCCCUUCCGCUGAGCAGAGGGACGGAUCCUGCAGCGUCACCUGCCACCACUGGGCUGCCGAGCCCCUGCCCCGAGGCCAGGAAGAGGGCGAGGAGGACGGCGCCGGCGAAGAGCUGUUUGGGCCCGGCAGAGCGCUGGGGAGCCGGAGGACCAGGAAGCGCCAGAGGCACCGCUCUGCCCCCAGGGAGGAAGGCAGGGAGCCCGGGAAGCGCGAGGGCAGGUCGGGGCUGGGCGGCAGGAGGCACAGGCCGGCUCGGAAGAGGAGUCAGGCGGAGGGGCCGCGGGACGGCGCGGCCGAGGCGGUCUGGCCGGGGGAGUUGCUGGCCCAGCUCUGCCUGGCUCGUUUCAAGGCGCUGCUCGAGGCGGCGCUGACCCAUGUGCGCAGGGUGUGCGUGGAGGCCGGCGGCCGGCUGCUGUGCUCCUGCUGCCGGCUCGGCGCCCGUGACCUGGGCUCGGCCCAGGCCAGCGUGAGGACCUGGGGCCAGCGGGUGGGCCAGCAGGCCCGGAGCGGCUCGCUGAAGGCGGGCCGGUGGCUCCGUGCCUGGGCAGAGCUCUUCCUCCGCCUGCUCUGGAUGCUCUGUGCCCUGCUCUUCCUCGUCGUCAUGCUGCUCCUGGGCAGCCUCCGGCUGUGCGGGCGCGUGUGCGUGGCCGCGCUGCUCGCUGGUGCGGGCAGGCUGGGCAGGACCGGCCGCGUGGCCCAACUCCUCGCGCUCCUGGACCUGUCCGUCUUCCUCCGGACGUGGAGCCUCUUCAAGGAGACCAGGACUUGCCAGUACCUCUGGGACUGGCUACAGAAGUGGCGAGCUCCCACCUGGGCGCCCGGAGGGUUGAGGACAGACGGGCUGGGGGACGCUGCACCCGGCCCGGACGGAGGCUCCCCCAGCGCCAGCUCGAGGGAGGAGGUGGCCCGGCUACUGGCCAUGGCGGAGGUGCCCGAGGAGGAGCUGAACCCCUUCCAGGUGCUGGGCUUGGAGGCGACGGCGUCCGACGCGGAGCUGAAGAAGGCCUAUCGCCGGCUGGCGAUGCUGGUUCACCCAGACAAGAAUGAACACCCGAGAGCAGAGGAGGCCUUCAAGGUCCUGCGAGCAGCCUGGGAUAUUGUCAGCAACCCGGAGAAGCGGAAAGAGUAUGAGAUCAAGCGGAUGGCAGAGAGCGAGCUGACGAGGUCCAUGAGCGAAUUCCUCACCAGGCUGCAGGACGACCUGAAGGAGGCCAUGAACACCAUGAUGUGCAGCAAGUGCCAGGGGAAGCACAAGAGGUUUGAGAUGGACCGUGACCCGCUCCAUGCCCGCUACUGUGCUGAAUGCAGCAAGCUGCAUCCCGCGGAGGAGGGCGACUUCUGGGCUGAGUCCAGCAUGCUGGGGCUGAAGAUCACCUACUUCGCGAUGAUGGAUGGGAAGAUCUACGACAUCACGGAGUGGGCCGGCUGCCAGCGGGUUGGCAUCUCUCCGGACACCCAUCGCGUGCCGUAUCACAUAUCGUUUGGGUCGAGGAGCGCCGGGCCGAGUGGACGUCAGAGGACCACCCCCAAAGGCAGCCCCACCUCUGCUGCAGACCUGCAAGACUUCUUCAAUCGCAUGUUUCAGGGGACCUCAGGACAGAUGCCUGGGGGGACCUUCUCCCCCCCGCCGCCACCCGCGGCGCCGUCGGGGGCAGCCGCCUCCGCGGGGGCGCCCCCGAAGACGGACGGCGCGGCCCCGAAGGGGGACGCGAAGCACAAGAGGCGGAAGAAGGUGCGUCGGCCUUUCCAGCGCUGAACGAGCUGCUGGAGGAGCCAAGGGGUGCCAGGGACCAGCCUGGCUUGAGGCUGGGAGCGCUGGGAAGAAGCAGAAGCCCUUGGCUUGGUGCUUGUCGGCUGUCUGGGCGCUCUCUGGGCCGGGGGAGAUUGUGCUCUGUUGGGCACUAAAAGGGCUCUUUCAAAUAAAAAAGAAUCUAUUUUUUUUUUUUAA